AUGCCAGUCAAUCUGGGCUGUUUUACGGAGGCUCUGGCCACACAGUGCCGCACACAUAAGCCAUUAGUGCAAGCUUUUGUUGGCCAUGUGCGCUCAUGCGAAGAGCUCGACAGUUCUCCAAGGCAAGGACAAGAUGACCUUAGCAUCAUCCCUAGAGGUUUAGAGAGCAGCGUCAUGAUUACAAAGACGAUCUCAAAUUUGGGUUUGUGCUGGCGUCUGUUGCUAGUGAGGAAGGAGUCCGUACCGCACCAUCCUGGUAUUUGUCGCAUUCUAAACCCUGAUUGGGUUGAUUGUCUUUCAACACAUGGUGCGAAAUGCGAGAAUCCGUGGAAGAUUUGGCCGAAAAGGCUCGCUUUUUUCAUCGACAUGAACAUCAAGUGCCUCGUCGCGGGUUGUAUCUCUGACGCUUUUGUGGCACUCAGCUACAGGUACGGUAGAUCACCUAUUCCUAUAAUUGACGCCGUGAUGCUUGAAAGGCUGCAGGAGCCCUAUGCUUUGGAUACCCUUGGAGCAGAUGCACUCUGUAUCCCUCACGCAAACGAGAAAGUCAGAGCUGAGGAAUUGAACAUGAUGGGCGCUAUCUGCGGCAACGCAGUCGUCCUAAUUGUUGCUACAGAUGGCGACGCACAAGAUGGGCUUCGUGGUCAGGAAGGUGUUUCUCAAUCCAGAGAUAUGAGCCAACGCAUUUUUCAUUUCGGUAGUGAGCAACUUAUUGUGGGGAAUACAGGUACUCUCGAUUUAUCGGUUGGAGGCGAUUAUCAUAACCGAGGUUGGACGUUUCAGGAGCACCGUCUUUCAAGAAUAAAGGUAAUAUUCAAGAAUGAAGAGCUGCAUUGGCAGUGUCAGUCUAGCGCUUGGCACGAAGGGAUGAUUCCUGGCGCAGAAAUUGACAAAUACAUCGACCCACGGCAGAAUGUCAUCACGGCUGGCUUUCCUGACUUGCAUUCUCUGGGUCAUAUCCUCUCAGAAUUCAAUAAAACAGAACUUCGGUAUGACGAGGAUGCUUUACCCGCUAUCUCUGGGUUGCUAUCAGUUCUGAGUCGUACAUUUGCUGGCGGAUUCUUGUACGGCAUUUCGGAGACGUUCUUCGAACGAGGAUUAGGCUGGAGUCCCUACUGGAAGCACUUGAACAUCCGAAGACGUGAUUUUUCGGAAAUUUUUGGAAAGGACCGUCCAUCUCAGGCAGGCUUGCCAUCGUGGUCUCGGAUCGGCUGGAACGGUCGACUUAACCUCUUCGGGUCCGGUGAGGCGACUCGAAUCAAUGACAGAGAAACUAUGAUCAAAGAAACAAUCCCGAUCACAAAGUGGUACACAAGCAACUCUUCCAGUAACUUGCCGGAAAAUAGAAGGAGAAUCAGGUCCACGUGGUUUGAAAAUCGCGAUAAUUACAAGGAUUUUGCAAAGCCAUUGCCUACUGGUUGGUCGUGCCACGACGCCCCCGACACAGGAUCGUCCUGGGGAGAGCCUCACUUGCAACCAGAUGAGUGUGGGAAAUACAUUUUCAAACACGUGGGUAUGCCUGAUUCUGAUAUGGGAUCGAGCUGCUAUCUAUUCCCGGUCCCUGACAUCCAUAACUCGACGCCGCCAGUCAUGCCAGAGCAGACAUCCUAUUUGUUUUGCAAGACUUGGAGGGCGCAUCUCUGGGGACGACAAGCGAGCAGAGGAAACAUUGCCAGAACUUUUAAUAGCUCUGGAAAAGAUAUUGGCUCUCUGCAAUUACACAAUAAAGCUUCCCUGUCUCUCUUCCCAAGCAUAGAUUCCGAGGUUAUUCACGGGUUGCCGGUGGACCUAAUAGCUUUGUACAAGUCACGAGUACAUUCGAGGACGUGGAAUGCAGGUCAAAAGAAAUAUGAACACCCAUUGCAAAGGAAAUCUAAAUGUAAAGUAUUAUGGGUGGAAUGGAAGGACGGUAUUGCAUAUCGUCUUGCUCGUGGGCAGGUGAAGGCAGGAGAAUGGGAAAAUUGA